GGCAUUUCUUUGAGCGGCAGAGCGGCAAGUGUAAUCUGCAGUUUGUAUUAUUGUAUUGUCGUAUUUUGAUUACUUAUUUAAUAUUCAGUAGUAGUAUUAGGUUUGUGGUAUCUAUUAAAAUAAAAAAAAAAACUUUUUAUGAACGAUGUGGUUAUUAAAAAGUGAACAAGGACCUUUUUUCCAUGUAACCGCUAAAACAGAGCACACUGUAGGAAGAAAGAACGGAUCAUUAACUCUUUCUGAUGAUCAAUCCAUCAGUAGGUUACAUGCAAAGUUCUAUUUGGCUUCGGAUAAUCCCAAUUCAGAUGCUGGAAUAAUUUUGAUUGAUGCUGGCUCCAAGUAUGGAACAUAUGUUAAUGGAGGAAUUGAAGAGAGUAAAAAGAUAGCGCCCAAUGAGAAUAAAGUAUUAAAACACACUGAUAAGGUCAGAUUUGGACUUCAAUGGCACAAAUACACCGUAAUAUACAUGCCUCUGUUGAUUGUUAUUUCCUCACUGAACGAAGAGAGGACCAAAACUCUUGAAAGUAUUCUCAAAGAGUUGAAUGCAGAAUCGAGUAAAUCAUGGACCUCUAAUUGUACUCAUUUCGUAAUGAGUGCAGUUAAGGUUAGUGUUAAGACUGUUUGCGCUCUUGGUGCCGCUAAACCUAUUGUCACGCCCGAGUUCUUUCAAAGUUUAAGAGAUGCUGUGAAUUCAGGAGCGAGUGAACUGCCUGAUCCGAAUGACUUCAUUCCGGACUCGGGUGAGCCUGUGCUGAAUAGCAGUGUCGUGUCGUUCGCGCCCAAUACUAACAGGUCGACCCUUUUCGAGUCUCUCACAUUCAUUGCAACAACACCAAGACAAAUGUCUCGUCUCAAGAACAUGGUUUUGUCUGCAGGUGGGAGAGUCGUUUUGUUUUCUGAGUGCAAUAUUUCCAAGAAAGAUAUGUGCAGCCGAAAUGUUCUAUUGAUGCAAAAUUCUCCGUCUUCCAGUGAUAGUCAAAUGUCUUUAGUACCUGAUGAUUAUCAUGGCUUUGCGAAGUAUGUGACAUCUAAGGGUUAUAGAUGUAUACCGGAAUCAGACAUUGGCAUGAGUAUGGUUUACUGCUCUAUUGAGAAAUUCUGCAACCCAACGCAUAAUCCUAUGAGUUCCCUUAUCGAUCAACGGAAAGCAGUUGACACGCCAUCUCUAUCCAACGUGAUAGUCCCAGAAACGCAGAAUGAAUACUCUCAAGAUGCUCGUCCUGAUCUUUCUGGAAUUAACAUUGUAAUAAAUGAAACAAUACCAAGCCCAGCCACUCAAAGAUCUAGUAAAAGGUUGAGAGGGACUGGUGAUGAAGAGGAGGGAGCUCAGAAAAUCAAAUGUGGUGAAAACCAAACAAAAGUCAGAUUGUCUUCAAAAAGUGAUAAAUUAAAACAGAAAGAAGAGGACGUUGAUGAUACGAGUAAUGAAAAUGGUGCCAGCCUCCAGAGAUGCAAAGAUAGUGGUGCUUCUGCUGCGAAAGCACCAUCUUUCAAAAACCGUACAUUGAAAGAUAUGUUUGCAUCAAAAAAAAAACCAACGAACAAAGUUGAAGAACCUCAGGUUACUGAAGAAAAGUCUUCAGUUGUCGUAGAAGAGUCAAACUUGGUUUGCAAAUUGAAAGAAGCCAAGCGGAAGUCCCCUGUUGGGAUAGACAAAAUGGAUGCUGACGGAGAUGUUGAUCGUGUAGAAGAUAGUGACAACAUUGUUAUUGAAGAAUCGGAAUCUUUUUCGUUUGCUGAUUACGCCAAAAAGGUUGAUGACAAAAAGAAAUCAACAGCAACUGAAAGUGUUGACGACAUUGAUGUCAAAAAGAAGACAACAGUUGUUACCAGUGUAGAUAUGUUCGAUUGUUCUACAACUUCAAAAGAAGUUAUAAAGAAAGCGGUAGCUCGUACAAGUGUUGACAUGUUCGACUGUUCGUCAACAACAAAAGAUGAGCACAACUUUCUGCAGCCAGAAGUGCCUAAAAGUGCCAGUAAAAAGAAAGACGGUUCUGCUGAAUCAAAUUCAGCAUCAAACAACAAGAAUGCUUGCGCAUCUACUAAGAAGAUGGACGUCUUCAACAGUUCAAUAGCUUCUACAUCUAAAUUAUCAACGACGUCGCUAUUCAAUAAGAAGAGUGUUGAGGAGAGUAGCGAUAAAGAUUUCGACUUUUCUGAUGAGGAUGAACCUAACGAAAAGAAGUCAUUGAGAAGUGCUGACAUGUUUAGUUCCACUACUGCUCAAACUACUGCAACUGACAAAUUCAAUGCAAGUGAUGAUGAUGAUGAUUUCGAAUUUGAAGACAUCAAUGAAACCAGAACCAGUAAUCUCAACACAACACGUAAUUCGAAUUCCAAUCAGUCCACUUCUACCUUGUUCAGUUCUAGAAAAUCGAAACGCAAUCAGAAAGAAGACGAUUUUGACUUCCCAGACGAAGCACCUUCUCAGCCGAAAAGGACGCGGCAGUCUUCAUUAUUUUCUGAUAGCUUGUUUUCAAAUACCAAAAAGGCGACCGUCAAAACUGAAAGAAAUGAUAGUUUUGAGGAUGAUAACGCCGGUUUCGGGUUCGGCAGUCGUAGUAAGAGAAAUGGUGGUAAAAUCUGUCUUACUACAUUCAUUGAUCGGCAGAAGAAACCGGAUAAUUCAAUAGAUGGAGAUCAGAACGAUAUCAGAAUAAAGGAUGAGCCUGCUGAUAUCAAUUCAGAUGACUCUGAUGUUGAAAACGUCUCUUCUACUUAUGCAGCUAAUGUUGAGAUCAAGCCAAUGAUAGCCAAGCUGGAUGACCUUAGCAUCAACAAACCUACUCCAAAGGAUGAGAACUCCAAUCAGAUUAACUACAAAAAAUUUAAAAAAGUAAAACAAAAUUGCUGGCAGCAAUCAGUUACCAAAAAUCAUCAAGGUCAGCUUCAUUGAUACCGAGGAACAGAAAGGUGCAAAAUGGGAAUCGGUUCUAUCAGAAGAGGAGCCAGAGCCAGAGGCCGAUGAUGAUUUCGAAUUUGAAGAAAACAGGAGAUUCCAUCAAAACACAAAGAAAACAUUUAGAAGAUGAAUCAAAGAUUUGCAAUUAUUUUCAAAAUUGUACUGUAAUGAUAAAAACAAGGCUGUUUAAUGAUUUUAUACUUUUGUAAAUAUCUUUAUCAAUAAUAGUUUUCUUUAUCAACUGUUUCUUCAAAUAGGAGUACAGUACCUAUAUUGUAAUCAUCAGCCUACUUUACUGGACUUUUGUACAUAAGUGAACGUUUAAAAUUUCAGUGAAUAUUGAAAUGUAUUUACAUUUUUAUUUUGUAUUCUCCAUUAAAAUUUCUUGAAGUACAA